UCCAGGAGGGUGCCCUGGGGGCAGGCGACAGCAGUCCUGGAGUUUCUUGAGCUCCACUUCCCCUUCUGGGCUGCUGAGGGUGGAGAAGUCCUUUGGACUGUGGCCCCUGACAGCUGUGAGCAGAGUGGGCUGAGAGGCAACGAUAAGGUUUUGAGAAGACACUGACACAUUUAAAUGAACACUCCUGAUAAGCCAGUGGUCUCCAGUCCCCAGAGACCUGAGCAGGGGCACAAGAGCAGUGGGGCCUGCCCAGGACCUCUAGGCAGCCUGGAAUGGAAAGAGAGCCAGGAGCUGGCUCUAGAAGAGGCCGCCAUGCUGAGGAAGGUGGAGGAGUUCUUCCUGAUCUGUGACACGGAAGGCAAGGGCUUCAUUGCCAGAAAGGAUAUGCAGAGGCUCAACCAGGAGCUGCCUCUUAGCCUGGAGGAGCUGCAGCGUGUCUUCGAUGCUCUGGAUGCAGAUGGCAAUGGCCUUCUGACCCUGGAGGAGUUCACCCAGGGAUUUAGUCACUUCUUCUUCAGUCAGGACCAGCCAGGCAGACCACCCCAGGAGAAGGUCUACCAGUCUCAUGGGGACGAGGGUCUGGGGGACUUGGAUGAGGACGAGGAAGCCCAGUUCCAGAUGCUGAUAGACAAACUUGGAGCCCAGAAGGUUCUGGAAGAUGAAAUCCAUGUCAAGCAGCUCUGGUUCCAGCUGAGGAAGUGCAAACCUCACCUGCUGUCCAGCUUUAGCGACUUCCUGAGCACCGUCUUCUCCCAGCUUCACCAGGUCUGUGAGGAGAAGGACAGGCUGGAGUGUGCCCUGCAGAGGAAAAUUGCCGCUCAUGAUGAAGAAAUUCAGCACUUGUACGAGGAGAUGGAACAGCAAAUCAAAAGUGAGAAGGAACAGUUUCUCCUGAAAGACACGGAGAGGUUCCAGGCCCACUGCCAGGAGCUGGAGCAGAAGCUGCUCUGCAAGGAGCAGGAGCUGGAGCAGCUGGUGCAGAAGCAGAAGCAGCUGGAGGGGCAGUGCAGGGCCCUGCACAGUGACACAGAUGAAGCCAAAGCUGAGAACACCAAGCUGAGGCUUAGCCAGCAGGAGUUGGCCCGGGAGCUGGAGUGGACUUGCCGGGAGCUGGAGGACACCCGGGAGCAGGUGGAGAGCCUCCAACAGGAAGCCCACCAGCUCCAACAGGACAAAGAAAGGGAGGUGUACCGAGUCACAGAGAGUCUUCAGAGGGAGAAGUCCGGCCUCCUGAAACAGCUGGAACUUCUGAGGGAGAGGAACAAGCAUCUCUGUGAUGAACGGGACAUUCGCUUCCAGAAAGACAAGGCAGCCAAGGCCAGCACAAUUGCUCCCAAGGCCAACUGGAAACAGAGGUCUGGUUCUGUGAUUGGCAAGUACAUGGAUGGCAAAGGGAUUCUCAGGAGUAGCCAGUCUGAGGAGGAAGAAGACGUGUUUGGCAUCUCCAGGAGGAGAAGCUCCCUGGGUCUGAGUGGAUACCCGCCUACAGAGGAUGAGCCAGGUGCCCGGGAGAUGGGCUCUGGGGGGCCAAGCCCCCGAGCUCUCCGUAGAAUCAUCUCUAUUGAGGAAGACCCCCUGCCCCAGCUCUUGGAGACCAGCUUUGGGCAGCCGCUGGAGAAAUGCCCAGAAAAGCAGGGGUCCUGCCCGGAGCAGGGGGAAGGACAGACCCCCAUGCUGGCUCCAUCUUUGGAACACACACCCAGGUUUUCCCGUGGGCAGCCUGUGGGAAAAGAAGACUGGCCCAAGGAGCCCAACUGGGCAGCUCCUGACCGGGUCUUCAAGGUGGUGUUUGUGGGUAACUCAGCGGUAGGGAAGACGUCCUUCCUCAGGAGGCUCUGCGAAGACCACUUCUUCCCGGGUGUGGCUGCCACGGUGGGCAUCGACUACCGAGUGAAGACUGUGUGUGUGGAUGACUCCCAAGUGGCCCUGCAGCUGUGGGACACAGCCGGGCAAGAGAGGUACCGCUGCAUCACACAGCAGUUCUUCCGGAAGGCUGAUGGUGUCAUUGUCAUGUACGACCUCACGGCCAGGCAGUCCUUCCUGUGCGUCCGCCAGUGGCUGAGCAGUGUGGAGGAAGCUGUGGGAGACCACCUUCCUGUUCUCCUGCUGGGCAAUAAAGUGGACAAGGAGACAGAGCGGGAAGUACCCCGUGGCCUGGGAGAGCAGCUUGCCAAGGAGAACAAUCUGCUCUUCUACGAAUGCAGCGCCUUCUCCGGCCAUAAUACCCAGGAGUCCUUGCUUCACCUGGCCAGGGUCCUCAAGGAGCAAGAAGACACAGAGAAGGGGGACACGGUACAGGUGGGCUGCCCUGCCAAGAAGAAGCCCUGCUGCAGCUGAGGUGCACCCAGCUCAGCCCUGGGUUCAAGGCCUCUCCUUCACGAUGCCCUGCCAUGGCCUAACAGGACCAGUACCCCUGGCAGCCACCUGCCUCCCUGCCAUGGAGGAAACACUGGUGCAGACCCAGCCCCGGGGUCAUCUCUUCCUGGCUCUCCCUUCCCCCAUGCCACCACCCCCAGAAUGGCUUCCUGGGAACAAAGAGACAGAUGCGCUUGUCCAGAAAAGCCACAAACGGACUCCUGCACCUCCCUUCUCCUCCUGCACCCUUGGGUGCCUCAGGUCUUUGGUUGUCAUAGUAACUGGGGCCUAGUCUCAGCACUGGGGUACAGCCAGGGUCGUGGGAGGCUCCCACAUCUGGCUGGAGGGGGGCAGCAGGGUCCUCUUGAUGUAGCUUCGUGGACCUUGAAGUGCCUGCCUGGCAUUUGGAGAAGCAAACCAGGCCCCUCCCUUUUGGGGGAACCCAGCCUCUUAGCCCCUGCCCCAUAGGGCCCCCCUCAGACUCCAUGGAACAGUGCCUUCCAGAGAACCUCAGUGGGGAUCUGUGUGCAAGGGAGGCAAAGGAAUGAAAGGAAAUGUGUGUGGGGGGGGGCUAGAAGAGAACUCCAUCUGCUGCCAAAUAAAGUGGCCAUUCUGAAGGGUAUAAAUAAAGUAUAUAUUGCCGU